AUGUGUAAAAAUUUAAUGAUCACUAUAUUUAGUGGUAGCAGCGAUUCGAAUACAGUCGUUUAUAACAAACUAGAGCACCCAAUAAAAGCCAAAUCAAUUAGAAUAUUCGUUAUGGAGUAUCAUUCGAAGCCUUGUUUACGAUUUGAAGUUUACGGAUGCGACACGUGCAUAACUAAGCCUAACCAAGAUUGUUGUUGCUGUUGCAACAAUUGUGAGCCCUGUACUUGCGUUCCCACGUGUUGCGAAAAGCCGUGUGACGUAUCGUGUUGCGAUAAACAACGUCACUGUUCUUGCUGUGAAAAUAAAUGUUUAUCACCUGACCCAUGUGACAUACCGUGUGAGAUUAAAAAACCAUGUUUGAAUCAUUGUACAUGCUGCAACGGACAAGAUCUGAUGCCACAUCAAGAUAUAUCCCCAGUAUCUUGUUGCAAGGAUCCAUGCCCAACAACUUGCUAUCCAUGCCCCGGAACAUGUUGUAAAAAACCUGACCAAGCAAUUUGUUGUAAAAACUCGGCAACUUGUAAAGAACCAUGUCCGACGACAUGUUGUAAAGAGCAAUGUCCAAAUAACUGCUGUGAGAAGCCUUGUCCACAAAAUUGUGACGAGAACUUACAUAAAACAACAUGCUGUGAGAAACCAAACUUACCACAGGAAUGCAAAAAUCUAUGUAAGAAGUCAAAUUUCGAAAAAUGCAACAAUGAUAUGUCUCCUAAAGGACCCUGCCGAAAUCAGUGUUGUUGUGAAUCGUGUCCUACAACCUGUUGUACAACCUGUUGUACAAGGCCUUGUCCGGAAUUUCCAUGCACUCCAUGUCCAACUGUCCCACAAACAACUCCGACAACAACGACUAUGCAUCCUCCAAUUCACAUAACCACACCACCUCCCACAUUACCGUACUGUCUACCGUCUUAUUGCACAAAAUAUUUUAAACGACGUACAUACACAAUAAUUAAUCAUAAUCAUUCAUUGUGUUUUGUCGUGCAAAGAACGGUUAAAAAGGAAGAUAAACUCUUUUAA